AUGGAAGAUUCACACAGAAAAGAAAAAGAAAAAGGUGACUAUAAUUCAUGGAAUCAUGACGAGACUAGGAUAUUAGUGCAACUUCUUGUGGAAGCAGUUAACAAUAAUUGGCGUGACUCUUCUGCCUCUUUUAGUAAACUCACCGUUGAAUCAAAGAUUUUGCCAGAACUCAAUAAAGAUGUCUUCCGUGCAAAAGAUUUCAAGAACUAUCAAAGCAGGCACAAGUAUUUAAAACUACAACAUCAAAAUUGUGCUGACCUUCUACGUUAUUCUUCUGGUUUCGGUUGGGAUCCUUUAACCAAAAAAAUUACAGCUUCAAAUGAAGUCUGGAAUGAUUAUUUAAAAACACAUCCAAAACAUAAAAAUUUACGUAGUGAUACGUUUGAAUUUUUUGAGGACUUGCAAAUCAUAUUCGGACAAGGUGUUGCUACUGGUAAAAACGCAGUUGGGCUAGGUGAUGGUACUGAUGCAUGUACAUACAAAGCUGGAGAGAAUUCAAAUGAAGAAAAUUGGAAUGAUGUAGCCAACAUAUAUGAGUUUGAUGCAUCAACUCGUGAUCAUGAGCUCUCAGAACAGUAUACAACAUUUGAUUCUCAGACAGUUCCAGAGUCUCGUACGGAGAAGUUUCAACCAAAGAAAAAAGCAAGAUCUGAAAGAAGUGUUCCACAGAAGGAUGAAAAUCCAAUAAUGACUGUUAGUACUCAGAUCUUGAAUAUAAUACAACAGAGAGAAGAAAGACAACAGAAAGAAGCAUCAGAAAGAAAGGUUAAUGUAUGGGAUGCUUUAAAGGAAAUUUCAGAUUUGGAGGACCGCAUUCGUUUCAAAGCACUUACACAGAUUCAUCAUCUCGGAAUUCAAGAGUUUUUGUUAAAAUGUCAGUGGAAGAAAGGUUAG